UCUAUUAUUGAUAUCCUAUUUUUGUUAAAUUUGAAAACUUACUCUUUGAAAAUUGUAAAUUAACUAUCACAAAAAUGUCUGAUUCUCAGCACAUUAGUCCUUUAAAAACUUUAUUGCUGAUGGUUUUGGUGUUGGUACCGUAAUGCUCUUAAUACCGUAAAAGUGUAACUUUAAACUAUGCCAAAGCAGCUCCAGACCAAUCAAUCCAUCCCGAUGCAGAUUACCACAUUUAUUUAAUGCCGGAAUGUUGUCAGGUGUUUUUACAGAGCAGUUUUUGGAGAAAUCGUAAAUCAAUUUUGGUAAAAAAUGUCUGAAUCACAACGUGUAAGUCAUAAUAAAAAUUUAGCUGCUGGUGGUUUUGGUGGUGUCUGUUUAGUCUUUGCUGGUUACCCGCUUGACACCGUUAAAGUGAGACUUCAGACUAUGUCGACACCAACUGCAGGCCAAUCUCCAACGUAUAAGGGAGCUUUUGAUUGUGCAAAACAAAUUGUGACUAAAGAAGGUUUCACUGGUCUUUAUCGUGGUAUGCUCGCUCCACUGGUUAUCUCUGCUCCGACAUUUUCGCUCUGUUUCUUUGGCUUUGGAGUUGGUAAAAAGUUACAACAAUCUCAUCCCGAAGAACAGUUAACAUUACCACAACUAUUUAAUGCCGGAAUGUUGUCAGCUGUUUUUACCACUGCAAUAAUAGCUCCAGGAGAAAGGAUAAAAUGUUUAUUACAAGUUCAAAGGGCUAAUCCAAAUGCAGUUCAACAAUUUAAGGGACCAUUUGAUUGUGUCAAAGCACUUUAUCGUCAAGGAGGCAUUAGGAGCAUUUACAAAGGAACAGCAGCUACAUUAUUGAGAGACAUACCUAGUAAUGGUGCCUAUUUCAUUGGUUAUGAGUGGAUUCAACGCGUUUUAACACCAGAAGGUAAAUCUAGAAGUGAUUUAAGUGCCGGGCGUACUAUUAUUGCCGGUGGAAUGGCUGGUGUUUUCAAUUGGAUUGUUGCGAUUCCAGCUGAUGUUCUCAAAUCACGCCUGCAAACAGCACCAGAAGGUACUUAUCCUAAUGGUAUCAGGGAUGUUUUCAUCAAAUUAAUGAGAGAAGAUGGUGUUAAAGCACUUUACCGAGGUGCCACUCCAGUUUUCCUUCGAGCUUUCCCGGCAAACGCUGCAUGUUUUCUUGGUUAUGAGCUCGCAAUGAAAUUUCUUAAUUGGUUAGCUCCUGAUAUGUAGGAAAAAUCAUUCAACUUGAGGCAAUAUUCAGGAUUCUUUUGAAAAAAGUUGAUGAGCUUGAUUAAUUAAUAAUAAUGAACAAUUGUUGAUUAUUAUUAAAUAUGUAUAAUAUUAUUAGUCUUGAAUAUCUUUAAGUUUCAAUAAUUUAAUUUAACUUUCAAAACCUCAAGUCUUUCCUAUCUUUGAAUUUGUUACAGUUAACAAUCAACUCAAUAAUCGAGUCAAAAAAAUAACUUGUUUGCAAUAAUCGUUUCCAUGUUAAAUCAAAGAAUCACAAUAAAAGUUUCUUUUUCAA